AUGGGCAGAAAAACACCCAGCAAGCAGCUGGCCACCAAGGCAGCCCACAAGAGCGUGCCAGCCACAGGUGGCAGGCAAAAGCCGCACCGCUAUCGGCCUGACACCUUGGCGCUGCGCGAGAUCCGACAUUACCAGAAGUCCACUGAGCUGCAUAUCUGCAAGCUGCCGUUUCAGCGGCUGGUGCGUGAGAUUGCACAGGAUUUCAAGACUGACCUGCACCCCUAG